CCUUGCCAAGCGAACGGGCGACACACAUCACCGUGUCCUGUGUCCCGUGUCCGAGAGAGUGUGUGUGCGUGUGGUUGUGUGUGCUCUCGCUUGCCCGUGUUGUGUGUUCUCGCGGAGAUCGUAGUUGCCGAGUUUUUUGCCCCGCCGUGCGCUUCUCCUCGCCUGUGAGCGAGGGUGCGAAAGAAAAAUCCUGAACUGCCGGUAACACAAAAUAAUCACCCACCAUGGAGGACGGCCAUAGCAAGACCGUCGAUGAAGUCCUUAGCCACUUCCGCGUCGAUCCGGAGAGGGGUCUCUCGCUCGACCAGGUGAAGGAAUACCAGAAGAAGUAUGGACCCAAUGAACUACCCGCUGAAGAAGGAAAGACACUCUGGCAAUUAGUGCUUGAACAGUUCGAUGAUCUUCUCGUUAAGAUUCUGCUGUUGGCCGCUAUCAUUUCUUUUGUACUAGCUCUGUUUGAGGAACAUGAAGGUGUUGAAGCUUUCGUUGAACCGUUCGUCAUUCUGCUGAUCCUGAUCGCCAACGCCGUCGUCGGUGUGUGGCAGGAGCGCAAUGCCGAGUCCGCCAUCGAGGCGCUGAAGGAGUACGAGCCGGAGAUGGGCAAGGUCAUCCGCGGCGACAAGUCCGGUGUGCAGAAGAUCCGCGCCAAGGAGAUCGUCCCUGGUGAUGUGGUCGAGGUGUCGGUCGGCGACAAGAUCCCGGCCGAUAUCCGCCUGAUCAAGAUAUACUCCACCACCAUCCGUAUCGAUCAGUCCAUCCUGACCGGCGAGUCCGUGUCCGUGAUCAAGCACACCGAUGCCGUCCCGGACCCGCGCGCCGUCAACCAGGACAAGAAGAACAUUCUGUUCUCCGGCACGAACGUCGCCGCCGGUAAGGCGCGCGGUGUCGUCAUCGGCACCGGUCUGAACACUGCCAUCGGUAAGAUCCGUACCGAGAUGUCGGAAACCGAAGAAAUCAAGACGCCGCUGCAGCAGAAGCUGGACGAGUUCGGUGAGCAGCUGUCGAAGGUCAUCUCGCUGAUCUGCGUUGCCGUCUGGGCCAUCAACAUCGGACACUUCAACGAUCCCGCCCACGGUGGCUCCUGGAUCAAGGGUGCCGUGUACUACUUCAAGAUCGCCGUCGCCCUGGCCGUCGCCGCCAUCCCGGAGGGUCUGCCCGCUGUCAUCACCACCUGUCUGGCGCUGGGUACGCGCCGCAUGGCCAAGAAGAACGCUAUCGUCCGCUCGCUGCCGUCCGUGGAGACGCUGGGCUGCACCUCGGUCAUCUGCUCGGAUAAGACCGGUACGCUGACCACCAACCAGAUGUCCGUGUCGCGCAUGUUCAUCUUCGAGAAGAUCGAGGGCAACGACAGCAGCUUCACCGAGUUCGAAAUCUCCGGAUCCACCUACGAGCCGAUCGGUGAGGUCACGCUGAACGGACAGCGCAUCAAGGCUGCCGACUACGAGACGCUGCACGAGCUGGGCACGAUCUGCAUCAUGUGCAACGACUCCGCCAUUGAUUUCAACGAAACGAAGAAGGUGUUCGAGAAGGUCGGUGAGGCCACCGAAACCGCCCUGAUCGUGCUGGCUGAGAAGCUGAACCCGUUCAACGUGGCCAAGCAGGGACUGGACCGCCGCUCGUCGGCCAUCUGCGUCCGCCAGGAGAUCGAAACCAAGUGGAAGAAGGAGUUCACCCUGGAGUUCUCGCGCGAUCGUAAAUCCAUGUCUUCGUACUGUACCCCGCUGAAGGCUUCCAAGCUCGGCAACGGACCGAAGCUGUUCUGUAAGGGCGCUCCGGAAGGUGUGCUGGAGCGUUGCACGCACGCUCGCGUCGGCUCGACCAAGGUGCCGCUGACCCAGACGCUGAAGCAGCGCAUCCUGGACCUGACCCGCACGUACGGUACCGGCCGUGACACGCUCCGCUGCCUGGCCCUGGCCACCGCCGACAGCCCGAUGAAGCCGGACGACAUGGACCUGAACGAUUCGACCAAGUUCUACACGUAUGAGGUGAACCUGACCUUCGUCGGUGUCGUCGGUAUGCUGGACCCGCCGCGUAAGGAGGUGCAGGACUCGAUCGUUCGCUGCCGCGCCGCCGGUAUCCGCGUCAUUGUGAUCACUGGUGACAACAAGGCCACCGCCGAAGCCAUCUGCCGCCGUAUCGGUGUGUUCGGAGAGGAUGAGGACACCACCGGCAAGUCGUACUCGGGUCGCGAAUUCGACGAUCUGUCCGUGUCGGAGCAGCGUGAAGCUUGCGCCCGUGCCCGCCUGUUCUCGCGCGUCGAGCCGGCCCACAAGUCCAAGAUCGUGGAGUUCCUGCAGAGCAUGAACGAAAUCUCCGCCAUGACGGGUGACGGUGUCAACGACGCGCCCGCCCUGAAGAAGGCCGAAAUCGGUAUCGCCAUGGGUUCGGGUACCGCCGUCGCCAAGUCGGCCGCCGAGAUGGUGCUGGCUGACGAUAACUUCUCCUCCAUCGUUGCCGCUGUUGAGGAAGGUCGUGCCAUCUACAACAACAUGAAGCAGUUCAUCCGCUACCUGAUCUCGUCCAACAUUGGUGAGGUCGUGUCCAUCUUCCUGACGGCCGCCCUGGGUCUGCCGGAAGCGCUCAUCCCCGUCCAGCUGCUGUGGGUCAACCUGGUCACUGACGGUCUGCCAGCUACUGCCCUCGGCUUCAACCCACCGGAUCUGGACAUCAUGACCAAGCCGCCGCGCAAGGCUGAUGAAGGUUUGAUCUCUGGCUGGUUGUUCUUCCGUUACAUGGCCAUUGGUGGAUAUGUCGGUUGCGCUACCGUUGGUGGUGCCGCCUGGUGGUUCAUGUUCUCCGAGACUGGCCCGCAGCUGUCCUACUGGCAGCUGACUCACCAUCUGUCCUGCCUGGGCGGUGGCGAGGAGUUCAAGGGUAUUGACUGCAAGAUCUUCAACGACCCGCACCCAAUGACCAUGGCUCUGUCCGUGCUGGUCACCAUUGAGAUGUUGAACGCCAUGAACAGCUUGUCUGAGAACCAGUCCCUUGUCCAGAUGCCGCCAUGGUGCAACAUUUGGCUGAUUGCCUCCAUGUGUCUGUCGUUCGCUCUCCACUUCGUCAUCCUCUACGUUGACGUUCUUUCCACCGUUUUCCAAGUCACUCCACUGGACGGAAAUGAGUGGAUGACCGUCAUGAAGUUCUCGCUGCCGGUCGUGCUGCUGGAUGAGAUCCUGAAGUUCGUCGCCAGAAGGAUUUCGGACGGUGAGAGUUACAUAAAAAAUAUGCAUGGACUAGUGUUAGCGUGGGCCGUGUUCUUUGCUUACAUCAUAUGGGGUCCAUAAUGGCAGUGAGCGUGCGCGCGAAGAUAACAGAACAUCUGCGAAUGCUGCUGCUACCUACCACUACUACUACUACUAGUACUACCUUAUAACUUCUGCCACUGCUGCGGCGUUGCCACCAGAGAGAAGGGGGCAACGACAACACGGGGUGGGAAAGUCGGGAAGUAUAAAGGAUACGUUCACAACAUCAACCCAACACCACCAUACACACGGAGGAGAUAGAGCAGGCAGAGUUAGAAGAAGGAAAGUGGACGCUCGGCAGUCGGCACGUCACAGAGAGUGUAGUAUACCACCACCACCACUAGCACCACGGUCACCCCGUCACAGCAUUCAUAUAGCACGCAUAAUAUAAAACAAUAGAUAUAUAUACAUAGGCACACACACACCACCCAUUCAUACACACUCUCUCUCUCUCUUAAUCGGCAUUAUGGAUCGGUUUUGUUGCUCAUCGUAGGGAAAAAUCCUGUUGCACAGUAGUUGUUAUCAUGUACUCGCCCCCUCGACCCAAUCAUUUGCAACGCGUUCGAGCAACGCGGGCAAGAGUGUGUAUUAAAUAAUGCAAAUACACAGCCGUAUCGAAGGCUCUCCUCCACGUUUCUGCAACACUGUUCUGAACGUGGAAGACAGUAUAAGCAACAUAUAGCAAAUAUGAGGAGGUAAAAACGGGGGGAAAACACCGAAAAGAUGGUGUUUAAACAUAUAAAUACUAGAGAGAGAGAGAGACAAGACAAAAGCAUAGAAUCAUUUAAUCCCUAUUUGUGAGCCGGGCGUGUGUGUGUGGUGUGACGGGGCUCCUCGGUGCCCUCUGUGUCGUUUGUUUAUUGCGCCCGAGUAAGCGAGACAGUUUGCCUCCUUCUGUUUGUUUUUUUUAGAUCGUUACUAUUAUAAUCCAUUACUUAGAGCAAAAGCUACCUUCUAUCUCUUUGAUUGAUGCUUCGAUGCGCAUCUCUCCAUAGCGCGCAUCCGGAUGCGUUUGAAAUGUUUAGCGAAUAUCGAUUUUGUAAAGUUUAGAUAACAAAACACGACCGUCGUGGUGUGUGUGUUGACCGGUGUAGAAUCGUUUGAGUUUUCUUCUGCGCUGAGUGUAGAGGAAAACGUUUAGCGGAAAGGGAUGGAGUAGUACAGGGCAGAGAUAGAACAGCCGGAGCGUGUGAUUACUUUUAGUGUGCGCUGCUUGGGGCAUGUCCUCGGCGCGCAGCAUCGAUUAACGGAAGUCAGUCAGUCACACACAACGAGUCAAUGCGUGUGUGUGUAUGUGUUUGUGUUUGUGAGCGGGUAAUGAUAAUGUGCAGCUCGAAGGAUAUAAUGCAGCAAGGCGUUUGCAUAUAUCUGCAUAUAAGGCAAACGAAUAUUCGAGCGGGGUUAGAAAAAAGGAUAGGGAAAGCUCACAUAAAUAGUGUUGAAACUGUUGUUCAUAUUUGAUUCUUAGGUAGGUUCCUAUCUCUCUCUCUCACACACACAUCGUUAACGUGACAAUCCCGUUAUAUGUGGAUUUCGCACAUACAUAUUUGCAUCCGUAUCCGGUUCCUCAAAAUACAUUCAAAAUAAUAGCUCAGUUUGUCACCAACACACAGAGAGACAGACAGGCUUUAGGAAGCGAACGUUUAGCAGCAGCAGCAGCAGCAGGGAGAUGGGAAAUUAUUUUACCAACUUUACUGAAGAUUAAAAGUUGUAGCAAAUGUAGAGAGGCGCUUUAGCAGUUUGGUUUUGUUUUAAACAAUCUCAGCAGUAUGAGCGUGUGGUACACGUGUGGACCCCAUAUGCAUAAAAACUUGCGUACUAUUGUGUGUACUAAGGCUUCAGACUGGAUGAGCGACGAGCUCAACCACCAUACAUCAUCCAAUCUCUCAUCACAUGCGGCAAAAGGGCGUCCGAAUCGCCACCCCGUGUGUGCGUGCGUGCGUGCGUGUGUGCAUAAUAGCAGUAAUGAGGUGUGAGCGCUGUUUACAAGAUACUUACCACUACUUUUAAUGCUAUCCCAAGAUGAUACCCACAACCAAACACCCCAAACUUCUACAAAUUACACCCUCCCAAAACACUUUAUUUUUUUUCUACACAACAACACAAUGGCGGCUCUCUGCCUCGCUCUCUCGCUCCCUCUCUGACUGGGCUGUGAGCGUCGUCUGCGUGUUGUUGUGGUCAGCCAAAAUUAACCACACACAACACAACAAUCAUCAGUCAUCAGCGUAUCGUAUGAGGGAGAAGCGUUUAAUUUGUAAACCUAUUUUUAUAUGCCAAAACAUGUUUCUCACCAUACAACGAAGAAAAUAUGUUGGUGCCCGCUUACUACAAUGGAGUGUGUGUGUUUGUUUUCUUUUCCCUAUUUUGUUUUCCCUCGUGUGCAUUUCCUUUUCUAUUGCGUUUGUUUGUUUGAUUGGCUUACAUCUAGCAUCUUUGCAAAAAAAAAUCUUCAGCUUUUCCAAUCUUUUAAAUAUAAGACACAAUGUAAAAGUGGAAGAACGUUCACAACUAACCUCCUCCCCCUCCUCUACUAUACGUCCACCAAAUCGAGCACACACCUACGCGAACAGUCAGUGUUCUCCAAACCCCGAAAAUGCAUCUAAGUUUAUAAGCCCCUCACAGCACACAUACAUACAAAAAAUACACACAAACACAGUUGAGAAUGAUAAUGCUGCUUCAGAGAUUUCCUACGAUCGAGAAAACACGCAUCUCUGUCUCUCUCUCUCCCUCGCUCACUUUCUUGUUUUCUAACCUUUUCCAUCCUCUAAGUUUGUUCUUUGGCUGAGCGUGAAUUACUUAACUUAUUUAAACAAAAAAUGGAACAAACGAAACAGCAAAACGUUUAACCCCGGGGGAAGAGGGCGUGUUUCUUAUUGUGUAUAAGAAGAAGAAGAAGGGUGUGGUGUUACACUUCCGGGGGGAAUUAGUAGGACACGUACCAUGGAGUACAUGGUGUACGUAGGUGAACGUCUCAUACACGUAAGUCAUCCAAGAUAUAGAAUGAACGACGAAGCAAACAAAAAAAACGGGCGAAAAGAAGAGGUUUAAUGAGAAAAAAGAAGAAUACGAACGAUCGUUUGUUUAUUGCUUAACGAUGACACACAACAGAAGAUACCCAGGUGAAGGUUUCUUCGUCUGAGGUCUCUUGAUAAGCAAAAAGUAGAUAAGAAAGGGAAAUUAAUGUUAUUGCUAUCUAUAUAACUACUACUACUACUACUACUACUAUCAUACUACACACUUCAUACUUGAACUCUUUCGCACAACAGGCGAAACUCCUUUUAUUACAACGAUUUUGCAGCAAAUAUAUAUAUUAGGCAUGUUGUGUGGGGUUUAGUUUCGGUUUGGGUGUAGAGAAGGAAUCGUUCGUUUCGUUUUGCUUUUGUGUUGCUACCGUUUUUGACGCUGGUUAGCACGGCAUAAUUGGCCUCAAAACGAGCGGCUUUUUGGGUAAAACAAUGAGACUAAACGAUCGUUGAUGGUGGCUGUUGCCUACUGGUGAUGAUGAUGAUCCAGCGAUGUGCCUAAAAGGGUAUAAAAGGGAAUUUCAAAAAAGAGGGGGAACAAAUUUGGAAAAUCCCUUUUGGUAAAUAGUUCUGCACCGUUUUGAACUCCAUCCGAUAGCGAUUGCGAUUCGCUCGCUACACACACACUCAGAAAUAGUUGCUUUAAACAUAACAUGGUAAUGUUGUUAGAUAGGGUUUUUGCAUACCUUUUCAGUAGUGCCGGAGAGGGAAAAGGAUAAAUUAGUUUGCUUGCAAUUUAAUGCUUUUUAUACAAUUCUGUUGUAUUCUCUCCUGCUUGAUGUGUGCAUCUCAUCAUUCAUGUCCAUUUUUUUAAAGAUUGUUUUGCACUCUCGUACUGCUCGCCAGCUCAUAGACGUUUUAUUGUUGUAUGGCGAGCGAGAGGGAGCAGGGAGAAAACAGAG